CCUGACGUCACAUGUUAGAGCUCUCUCGUGUUGUGAGUCGCUGUCGACAUUUCCACCUUGAAAUCAUGUCAGUCGUACGUCCCGUCGCAUUUCGUCUUUUACACACCAACAAGAAUGUGUUGUCCAGUGUUGGGUGUGUGCGACAUGCAACAACAACUACGAAUUUAAAAGAUUUUUUAGCAGAUAAUAUCCCAAAGAAACAAAAUGAAGUUAAAGAAUUUCGUAAACAGUUUGGCUCAACUAAAGUGGGGGAAGUCACUGUUGAUAUGAUGUAUGGUGGUAUGAGAGGUAUUAGAGGAUUGGUGACAGAGACCUCUGUUUUGGAUCCUGAUGAAGGUAUCCGUUUCCGUGGUUACAGUAUUCCAGAAUGUCAGAAGUUAUUACCUACUGCUGGUGGUAAAGGAGAGGAACCUCUACCAGAAGGUUUAUUUUGGUUGCUGGUUACAGGCGAAAUUCCAACACAAGCACAAGCAGACGCCAUUACAAAUGAAUGGAACCAGAGAGCUUCUAUACCAAACCAUGUCAUUACAAUGUUAAAUAACUUUCCUACCAAUUUACAUCCUAUGUCACAGUUCAGUGCAGCAAUUACAGCCUUAAACUCUGAAAGUAAAUUCGCUAAAGCUUAUGCUGAAGGUGUGAAUAAGUCCAAAUAUUGGGAGUAUGUGUAUGAAGAUUCUAUGGACUUAAUAGCUAAGUUACCAACACUAGCAGCUGUUAUUUACCGUAACUUAUAUCGAGAUGGUUCAACACCUUGUGCUAUUGAUCCCAAAAAGGACUGGAGUCAGAAUUUCUCUCAUAUGUUAGGUUUUGAAGAUCCUCUCUUCUCAGAGUUAAUGAGAAUGUAUUUGACAAUUCAUAGUGACCAUGAAGGUGGUAAUGUGAGUGCCCAUACAACACAUCUAGUGGGUAGUGCCCUGUCAGAUCCAUAUCUAAGUUUCUCUGCAGGUAUUAAUGGUUUAGCUGGUCCUUUACAUGGUUUAGCCAAUCAGGAAGUAUUAGUAUGGGUAACUAAAUUACAAGAACAAUUAGGAGGUGAAGUCACUGAUCAACAAAUGCAUGAUUUUAUUUGGAAUACACUGAAAUCUGGUCAGGUUGUGCCAGGUUAUGGCCAUGCUGUAUUACGUAAAACUGAUCCUAGAUAUAUGUGUCAACGAGAGUUUGCCCUGAAACAUCUACCUAAUGAUUCGUUAUUUAAACUAGUGGCUCAGUUAUAUAAAGUAGUGCCUGAUAUAUUAUUAGAACAAGGAAAAGCUAAAAAUCCGUGGCCCAAUGUAGAUGCCCACAGUGGUGUAUUGUUACAAUAUUUCAACCUGAAAGAAAUGAACUACUAUACAGUGUUAUUUGGAGUGUCUAGAGCUUUGGGAUGUACUGCAUCUCUCAUCUGGGAUAGAGCCUUAGGCUUACCAAUUGAACGACCCAAAUCAUUUGACACACCCGGUCUGAAGAAAUUAGUAGGAGCUAAAUAAAUCUUGACAUGCAAUUGUUAGUUGUUAUUUAAUUGUAAAAGAAAAUUUUUAUAACUUUUGUUGCCAGACUUAAGUAAGGGUGUAUUUAUUGCAGUUGAUAUUUCAUUGAAAAACGAAUCAUCAAAAAUUUCAAAACUUCAACAUUUUAACAUUACAUUAUCUAAUAUUUAAGAGAAAUAUCUGCAUAAAACAUUGGAAUAACAGACUUUUGGUUUUUACAAUAUUUUAUAAAUGUAUUUUCAACCAAGUAACAUUAAAUUAAUUGAACACAGACAAUAUCACCAAAGAAGCGAAUAUGUUGUUUUAAAGAAGUAAUGCUACUAUUAUAAAUUUCUUAAAGAAUAGUAAACAUUUUGGUAAGAAGAGUCCUGUAGAUCUCGAUAAGGGUCCCAUUGCACUGUACUAAAUUUAUAAUUCUGAACAGUGUGUAUGAAAAACUAUGGAAUGUUGUGGCGUUUCUUUUUGUAGAAAAUCAUAGGAUAAGAAUCAAAAUAACUAUUAUAAGUAUGGCAUAAAGGUGCUACAGAAAUUUAUUUUACUGUGAUUGUUAUUUAUUAUAGAAAGAUCUUAUGUUUGUUGAUUUUUCAGUAGCCAACAAAAUAUCUUCUUUUUCUCGUCAAUCCUUGUUUGUCAAAUAAGAUCCUCUUUUGACUAGACUCUUAAAUGCUUGAUAGUCAAUAAGAUUGUUGUAUGAUCAGUUUCAAAAAAACAUAUCACAAUUUUCUAGCUAUCCUGGCUUUGCCACUUAAACUUAAACCAAAGUCGUGUGACCAAUUGAAAGAAAGAUCCAGCUUGGAAUUAGAGUCCAAGAACCAUUUUUUUGUGGUCAAUUUAUACUAUCUUCAGAUGUGAGUAGCAGUAUAUUGUUGUUUAUUGUAAGUUGAUUAUAAGUUGAGUAUGAUAUUGUCUAGGAGAAGCCUAAAAUUCUAUAAAAAAAAAAUUGUUUGUAGCUGAACAUUUCAUGUAAAAUAACCAUUAGAAGUAUUUUUAGAUACCAUCAUUCAACCCUAAUAAGGGCUAUUAAAGGUGGAAAUAAAUAUGUAACAUUCAC